AUGUCUGGCAUCCGUGAUAUGUCGCGUCGUCAGGACAACUACAAGGCGAAAGGUGUCUUCAAGCAGGAUGAGCUUCGUCGCAGGCGUGAAGAGGCUCAGGUCGAGAUUCGUCGUCAGAAGCGCGAGGAGUCCAUGGCAAAGCGAAGGAACCUCAACGUCGGCGACGACUCCGACCCAGACUCGGAUGAUGACGACACACAGUCCGCCGCCAUUGAAGCCCAGCUCGCAGACGAACUCCCAAAAAUGAUCGAGGACGCCAUGAGCGACAACCUCGACCGACAGCUCGACGCCACCAUGAAGUUCCGCAAGCUUCUCUCCAAGGAGAAGAACCCUCCCAUCGAGCGCGUCAUCGCUGCUGGCGUCGUGCCUCGCUUUGUCGAGUUCCUUCGUAGCGUACACAGCAUGAUCCAAUUCGAGGCCGCUUGGGCGCUCACCAACAUCGCCUCCGGUACUUCGGAUCACACCCAGGUCGUCAUCAACGAGGGCGCUGUCCCCGUCUUUAUCGAGCUCCUCUCCUCGCCCGUCCUGGACGUUAAGGAGCAGGCCGUCUGGGCGCUCGGUAACAUUGCCGGUGACAGCCCCAAGUGCCGUGACUAUGUCCUCUCGGCCGGCGCCAUGCGUCCCUUGAUCGCCCUCCUGAGCGAGAACCACAAGCAGAGCAUGCUCCGCAACGCAACAUGGACGCUCAGCAACUUUUGCCGUGGCAAGAACCCUCAGCCCGACUGGAACCAGGUCUCACCCGCCCUCAGUGUCCUUACCAAGCUCGUCUACUCGAUGGACGACGAGGUGCUCAUCGACGCCUGCUGGGCCAUCUCGUACCUCUCGGACGGUGCCAACGAAAAGAUCCAGGGCGUUAUCGAGUCCGGUGUCUGCCGCCGCCUCGUGGACCUGCUCACCCACCCUUCCACUGCUGUUCAGACCCCAGCACUCCGCUCCGUCGGCAACAUUGUGACGGGCGACGACUACCAGACUCAGGUUGUCAUUUCAUCCGGUGCGCUCCCGCCUCUGCUCUCGCUGCUCUCCUCGCCCAAGGAGGGAAUCCGCAAGGAGGCCUGCUGGACCAUCUCCAACAUCACCGCCGGCUCGUCGCAGCAGAUUCAGGCCGUCAUCGACGCCAACAUCAUUCCUCCCCUCAUUGACAUUCUCCAGCAUGGUGACCACAAGACCAAGAAGGAGGCUUGCUGGGCCAUCAGCAACGCUACCAGCGGUGGUCUCUCGGAGCCCCAGCAGAUCCGUUACCUCGUCUCGCAAGGCUGCAUCAAGCCGCUCUGCGACCUCUUGCUGCUCUUGGAUAACAAGAUCAUCCAGGUCGCGCUUGAUGGCUUGGAGAACAUCCUCAAGGUCGGCGAGAUGGACCGCGAAGCUGCCGGCGGCGAUGCUCCCAAUGCAUAUGCACUCCACAUCGAAGAGUGCGGUGGUAUGGUUUCUAUUCACAAUUUGCAACACCACGAGAACCUCGACAUCUACAAGAAGUGCUUCUACAUCAUGGACAAGUACUUCCCAGACGACGAGGCGCAGGACACCGGCCUUGGUGCUCCUCAGGUCGAUGAGACGGGUGCCUUUGCUUUCCAGUCUGACCUCAACGCUCCUCAGGGUGGGUUCAACUUUGCUCCCGCCCAGAACGGUAUGCAGCAGUAG